CCUCCGGUCAAGUUCAGCUCUGUCCUGCUGCUGCGACGCCAUUGUGAUUAGAUUGUCUUUGGGGACAAACGUCGAACAUCUUAUAGGCAUGGGAAAAGGCCAGGGUGCUGACGCCUGUAAGAAUGGGGAUGAGACUCGUGGAGGGUCUCGUGGAGGAGAACACCGAGAUAUGCUUUCAGAAGCUGACACGUCGAUGACACGAGUCCGGCGGUUCGUCGCGUGGCAGUCUCCACUUUCCACCGAUCUCAUCGAUUUCUCGGUGUUUCUUUACUUUAUUACACACCAUUUUCAGUAUGGGUGAUUCCACUUGAAUUGAGUUUGAUGCACUUUGAAUGUUUUGUAGAGAAAUUAUAUACAGUAUAAAGGCUCUAAUUGUUUUUAGAGAGUUUUCAUUUCAUUUUUUAAUGGGAAAAUUCCCGAAAUGGGAGUAAAUCAGUUUGAAAAUUCCAAAAUAUGACUGCUAUGUUUUUAUAUUCAAAAUAAGAAUAAUUGCUGCCAAGUUUGAAAAAUACUGUUAUGUUUAAAGUCUGGUAGUGCCAAAACAUGGCAGUAAUUAGUCUUAUUUUGAGAAUAAAAACAUAACAGCCCUAUUUUAGAAUAUAAUGUGUGUAGUCCUUGUAAGGAUCGUAUAUCCGUCUCCAGCUCAGGUCUUUCAACACACACUCUCACACACCACACUUAGGAGGAGGCUAUAGCACACACUUAUUUUCUCUCCACUUAGACCUCUCUACACUCACACAAAGGAGGAAGAAGAAGUGAGCUCUGCUCUCUCACACAAAGGAUACUCACGCAGGCUGCUUCACAAUGGGAGAAACAAGGACUACAAAUAGGCUGCCAAGGAAGUCACGGGUGAGGUCAAUACAAAAGGCACUCACAUGCUUCUUAGACAAAAGAAAGUCACAAGAAUAGAUCAAGACAAAAGUGGCGCAGUGGACAGCAAACAAAGGAGGCCAGCCAAGUGGGAAAGUCAAACCACUCAAAUAGGUAUAUAUUUGAUCAGGAUAUAUACCAAAGAAUAGGUAUCCAAGAGAGAGUAAAAUAGAGUGUGCAAGCCUCAACUAAUAAAGUGGAAGGGAGGCCUUGGUAGGACCAAUACCUCCAACAUUAUGAUGUGUGUAGUCCUAUUUAAAAUUGUU